CUUCCAAGUAUACCGCAUUACCACAGUCACAUAACUCAAAGAAAAUCCCAUAAUCACAAACAUAGUUCUCUUUCAAACAUCAUUUUUUCAAACAUCUUGUUUUUCACGUUAAUUUAUAUUUUUUUCUGCAAAUAAGAAGAAAGAUGUUACCAGAAGCAUGCGUAGCCAACAUCAUUUCCUAUACAUCUCCGGCAGACAUAUUCUCAUCCUCGACAGUGUCUUCGGUUUUCCAGUUAGCCGGAGACUCUGAUUUUGUAUGGGAAAAGUUUUUGCCGUCAGACUACAAAAGCCUCAUAUCUCGAUCUACUGAUAAUCAUCAGAGCUUUUCAUCCAAAAAGGAGAUAUAUAGAUGUUUAUGUGACUCUCUUCUCAUCGAUAAUGCUCGAAAGCUAUUCAAGAUCAAUAAGUUGUCUGGAAAAGUUUCUUAUAUUUUAUCAGCAAGAGAUAUUUACAUACCAUCUGGCGACCAAGCAUCCUACUGGUCCUGGAGCAAGGUUUCAAAUUCUAGAUUUUCGGAAUCCGCUGAGCUUAUAACAACGGAUCGGUUAGAAGUCAGUGGUAAAAUCCAAACCGGAGUUUUAUCACCAAACACAAGAUAUGGAGCAUAUCUCAUAAUAAAAGUAACUAAACGCGCCUACGGACUAGACCUUGUUCCGGCUGAGACUUGGGUUAAAUCAAGUAAUGGUCAUAUUGUGAAAAACACAUCUUAUCUAUGUUGCUUGGAUGAGAAGAAACAACAAAUGAAGCGUCUGCUCUACGGAAACCGUGAAGAGCGUAUGGCGAUGACUGUGGAGAUGUUUGGUGGGGACGGGAAAAGGAGGGAGCCCAAAGGUAGAGACGAUGGAUGGAUGGAGAUUGAGUUAGGAGAGUUUGAGACACGAGAAGGUGAGGACCAUGAGGUCAACAUGAGUCUCUCGGAGGUGAAAGGAUAUCAACUUAAAGGUGGCAUUGUGAUUGAUGGUAUUGAAGUGAGGCCUAAAUCUCCCAGUUAGGAUUAAGGUCGAGUAGCGGAACUCAGAGGUCGUUUAAUUGUUAAUUUAAUUGUGUAUGAGAGAAAUAGAAAAUAAGAGCAAAUAGAGUCUUGUGGUGAGAUAUUUAUUUAUUUGCUUUUUUUUUUUGAAAAAAAUUAUUUAUUUAUUUACUUAUUCAUCAUUGUUCUGCAUGUAAAGGCUAUAUACAAUUUGGG